CAUUUGUUGAGGCAGUAGGGAGUUUCUGCUAGGGUCUGGAUUGGAGUUACGCACAGACCGGACCCUACCGUAUAUGAGUGGUGUCUGAGGAGAACAAAACAGGAUUCCCUUUGCCGCAAAGAAUCUACAUGUCUAACAUUUAGACAUGUUCAGCUUUGUGGAUAUCCGGUUAGCGCUUUUGCUCUGCGCAGCAGUGCUUUUGGCGAGAGGUCAAGGCGAGGAUGAUCAACCACCUGGCAGCUGCACGCUAGAGGGACAGUUGUACAACGACAAGGAUGUAUGGAAACCAGAGCCCUGCCAAAUCUGUGUGUGCGACAGUGGAGCGGUCCUGUGCGACGACGUGAUCUGUGAGGACACUUCCGACUGCGAUGACCCCAUCAUCCCAGAGGGAGAGUGCUGCCCCGUUUGCCCCGAUGUUGAUGUAGGACCUCAGAUGCCAGGUGACUAUGAGGAAAAUAAGGGUGACAUUGGCCCCAAGGGAGACCCGGGUCCUAUUGGUCCUCCUGGCAACGAUGGAAUCCCCGGACAGCCUGGCCUCCCUGGUCCACCCGGCCCCCCUGGCCCCCCUGGCCUUGGCGGAAACUACUCUCCUCAGAUGGGAUAUACUGACCACUCCAAAUCCGGGCCUGCCCAGCCUCAACCUGGCCCAAUGGGUCCUUAUGGUCCUCGUGGUCCUCCUGGACCUCCUGGUUCUGCUGGUCCUCAGGGAUUCACAGGCCCCGCUGGAGAGCCUGGUGAGCCCGGAGCUGCUGGUCCUAUGGGUGCUCGUGGUCCUGCUGGCCCCCCUGGAAAGAAUGGAGAUGAUGGUGAGCCUGGCAAGGCUGGUCGCCCCGGAGAGCGUGGAGCCGCUGGCCCUCCAGGUGCCCGUGGAUUCCCCGGAACCCCUGGACUCCCCGGCAUCAAGGGACACAGAGGUUUCAAUGGUCUAGAUGGAGCUAAGGGAGACAGCGGACCUGCUGGCCCCAAGGGAGAGCCCGGUGCAUCUGGUGAGAAUGGACUUCCUGGUGCCAUGGGUCCACGUGGUCUUCCUGGUGAGAGAGGUCGCCCUGGAGCUCCUGGCCCUGCUGGUGCUCGUGGUAAUGAUGGAAACUCUGGUCCUGCUGGACCUCCAGGACCCACUGGACCUGCUGGGCCCCCUGGAUUCCCUGGUGGUGCUGGACCUAAGGGAGAGACUGGACCUCAGGGAGGCCGUGGAUCUGAAGGACCCCAGGGAGCCCGUGGUGAGCCUGGUAACCCAGGACCUGCUGGACCUGCCGGACCUGCUGGAGCCCCUGGAUCUGAUGGUUCCCCUGGUAACAAGGGUGAUGCUGGUGCUGCUGGCAUUGCUGGUGCCCCUGGUUUCCCUGGAUCUCGUGGUCCUGCUGGAGCUCAGGGAGGUGUUGGCGCUCCUGGUCCCAAGGGUAACAAUGGAGACCAUGGUCCCCCUGGUCCUAAGGGAGAGCCUGGUGCCAAGGGAGAGAAUGGUCCCGCUGGACAAGUCGGACCUGCAGGACCCCCUGGUGAAGAGGGAAAGAGAGGAUCUCGUGGAGAGCCUGGUGGUGCUGGACCUCGUGGACCCCCUGGAGAGCGUGGUGCUCCUGGUGCUCGUGGUUUCCCUGGUUCUGAUGGUGCUGCUGGAGGCAAGGGUGCCCCUGGUGAGCGUGGUUCCACUGGUGCAGUCGGACCUCAGGGAGCCACUGGUGAAAGUGGAAUCCCUGGUGCACCUGGUGCUCCUGGAUCUAAGGGUGUGACUGGUAGCCCUGGAAGUCCUGGCCCCGAUGGCAAAAGUGGACCUGCUGGUGCUCCUGGACAAGAUGGCCGCCCUGGACCUCCUGGCCCAGCUGGAGGCAGAGGACUGCCUGGAGUUAUGGGCUUCCCUGGACCCAAGGGAGCCAAUGGUGAAGCUGGUAAACCCGGUGAGAGAGGAGCUACUGGUGGCACUGGCCCCGUUGGUGCCCCUGGUAAAGAUGGUGAUGCUGGUGCUCCUGGCUCUUCUGGCCCUGCUGGACCUGCUGGUGAAAAGGGAGAGCAGGGACCUGCCGGUCCUAAUGGAUUCCAGGGUCUUCCUGGACCCCAAGGACCUACUGGUGAGACUGGCAAGCCUGGCGAACAGGGUGCUCCCGGAGAGGUUGGCCCCUCUGGCCCCUCUGGACCAAGAGGUGAGAGAGGUCAUCCUGGUGAGCGUGGUGGAACCGGUAUUGCUGGCCCUACUGGACCUCGUGGUUCUCCUGGUCCUGCUGGUAAUGAUGGAGCUAAGGGAGAGCCCGGUGCUCCUGGUGCCCCCGGUGGUCUGGGUGCCCCUGGUAUGCAGGGAAUGCCCGGUGAGCGCGGUUCUGCUGGUCUCACAGGUGCUAAGGGAGAGAAAGGUGAACCCGGCGGCAAGGGAGGCGAUGGUGCCCCUGGCAAAGAUGGUGCCCGUGGUUUAACUGGUGGUAUUGGACUCCCCGGACCUCCCGGUAAUCAGGGUGAGAGGGGUGAGCCUGGACCUGUUGGAGUUGCUGGACCUACUGGCCCACGUGGUUCCCCAGGUGAGCGUGGAGAGGCUGGCCCUGCAGGACCUGUUGGAUUUGCCGGACCUCCUGGUAUGGAUGGUCAGCCUGGUGCCAAGGGAGAGACUGGUGACACUGGACCCAAAGGAGAUGCUGGUGCUCCUGGACCCGCUGGAGCUGUUGGUGGUGCUGGUCCUCAGGGACCUACUGGUCCUGCUGGACCUAAAGGUGCUCGUGGUGGUGCUGGACCCCCUGGUGUUACUGGAUUCCCUGGACCUGCCGGCAGAGUUGGACCAGCUGGCCCUGCGGGAGCUGCUGGACCCCCUGGACCCAUUGGAUCUGUUGGCAAAGAUGGCGCAAGGGGAGCUCGUGGUGAGACUGGGCCUGCUGGUCGCCCUGGUGACAAUGGUGCUGUUGGAGCCCAAGGACCUUCUGGAGAGAAGGGGUCUCAUGGUGCUGAUGGAGCUCCUGGUCCUGCUGGUGUUUCUGGACCCCAAGGUAUUGCUGGACAGCGUGGUAUUGUAGGUCUCUCUGGACAGCGUGGAGAGCGUGGUUUCCCCGGUCUGCCUGGAUCAGCUGGUGAGCCUGGAAAGCAAGGAUCCGUUGGACCUGUUGGCGAACGCGGACCCCCAGGACCUGCUGGACCCCCUGGACUGUCUGGAGCUCCUGGAGAGGCUGGUCGUGAGGGAUCUGCUGGUCAUGAUGGUGCCCCUGGUCGUGAUGGAUCUGUUGGACCAAAGGGAGACCGUGGUGAGCGUGGAAUGGCUGGACCCCCUGGUCCUCCUGGUGCUCCUGGUGCCCCUGGAUCUGUUGGCCACUCUGGCAAGAGUGGUGAACGUGGAGAGGCUGGUCCCGCUGGUCCUGCUGGUCCUGGUGGCCCUGCUGGUGUCCGUGGUCCUGCUGGCCCUGCUGGUGCAAAGGGAGACAGAGGAGAGGCUGGUGAAGCUGGAGAGAGAGGCCACAAGGGACACAGAGGCUUCAGUGGCAUGCAGGGUCUGCCCGGACCUGCUGGAGCGUCUGGAGAUAGAGGACCCGCUGGUGCUUCUGGACCUGCUGGACCUAGAGGACCUGCUGGAUCUAAUGGUGCCCCUGGUAAGGAUGGCAUUAAUGGUAUGCCUGGACCCAUUGGACCCCCUGGACCUCGUGGUCGCAACGGAGAGAUGGGCCCUGCUGGUCCUCCUGGACCUCCUGGACCCCCUGGACCUCCUGGACCUUCCGGAGGUGGAUUUGACUUCAUCAGCCAGCCACUCCAGGAGAAGGGUCCAGAUCCCUUACGUGGUGGCCACUACCGCGCUGAUGACCCCAACGCAAUGCAAGAUCGUGACAAUGAGAUCGACGCCACUCUGAAGACCAUGACUCAGAAGAUUGAGAAGAUCCGCAGCCCCGAUGGUACCCAGAAGAGCCCUGCCCGCAUGUGCCGUGACCUGAAGAUGUGCCAUCCUGAGUGGGAGAGUGGUACAUACUGGGUUGACCCCAACCAGGGUUCUGCCUUGGAUGCCAUCAAGGUCCACUGCAACAUGGAGACUGGAGAGACUUGCGUUUUCCCAAGCAAAUCCACCAUCCCCAUGAAGAACUGGUACAUCAGCAAGAACAUCAAAGAAAAGAAACACGUCUGGUUCAGCGAGUCCAUGACUGGUGGAUUCCAGUUCAUGUAUGGCACCGACGGAGCUGAUCCUGAGGACGUCAGCAUCCAGAUGUCUUUCAUGCGCCUGAUGUCCAACCAGGCUUCUCAGAACAUCACAUAUCACUGCAAGAACAGCAUUGCCUACAUGGACUCUGCCACUGGCAACCUGAAGAAGGCCUUGCUCCUCCAGGGCUCCAAUGACAUUGAGUUCAGAGCCGAAGGCAACAGUCGCUUCACAUACAGCGUCAGUCAGGAUGGCUGCACGUCACACACUGGCACAUGGGGCAAGACAGUCAUUGACUACAAGACUUCUAAAACAUCUCGCCUGCCCAUCAUUGACAUUGCUCCUAUGGAUGUUGGUGCACCUGAUCAAGAAUUUGGCGUUGAAGUUGGCCCCGUUUGCUUCUUGUAAAAAAGAAAGAAAUAUGGACAUGACGUUGUUUUUUUUCUAGCAGUCAUCUCUAAAUCUUCUUCUAUGCAUUCAAAAUCCAUUCGGCCGCCGCUGGUCCACAUGCUUAAAACCACUCCACUGAGGACAGUGCUUUUCCAACCAUGAGAAGCAAUUUUUUUGUUUUGUUUUGUUUUUUGGGGACUGCUACUUCAACCGAAACCAACCACAGGACACUUUAAAAGAAUCUUUUGUUUCCACUGGCAACAAGAAAAUAAUAUAUAUAUACUUGUGUUUAAAACAAAUGAGAAAUUUUCCCCUGGAGAAUUAAGGAAAAAAACAAACAAAAAUCCACACAUGCAAUGAAACACAGGUGAUAUUUGCCAUUUUUCUACCGCUGCAGAAGGACAUUGAAAACAACAAGUGAUAUGUACCAUGUUUUCUGGUGUUAAAUAAAUUGUAAAAAGUGUGAAGUGUCUUCUUGUUCUAAACUCACAAGAAAAAAGCACCUGAAAACCAGUGACUAGUAGAAGACAAACUCACCUUCACUGCAAAAUGUGAAUGGCUACCUCAAACAAGAAGUCAACCCCAAUUGUUUAUUUUACAUAAUAAGCCUAUAACGGGGGAAAAUCAACAAUAUUCAAAGGUGCUAAAACUAGUUUAAUGUGGUCCAGUUAUUUGUCAAGAAUCUCUUACCAUCAUACUGUAAUUUUUGCCACUCAUGCCUGCAGAACCUUUGGUGCUAUUAAACUGACUCAUUGUCUUGUUGUCUAUGCAGUGCAAUUCUUUUUUUCUCAAGUGUUGGUUUGAUAACGGAGGUCUUCUGACAGGUGAUCACUGCACAUGUAAUGCAUGCAAUCAUGUCUCUCUCUUUUUUUGUAGAUAAAAGCAAAUGACUGGUUAAAUAUCGUUUGGCUGCUUGUGUGUCCAGUGUGGAUCCUUCUGUCUGUUUGCCCCGUUGGAAACGUCCUCGUCACAAA